AGGCCUUUGUUUCCCCUCACUCACACGCACACUCUCUUCUACUCUAAAUUCGCACACAGUCUCUCUCUCUCUCUCUCGAAUUUCACGCCGUUUACCAAAAAUGGACGACGACUUCGACAUGGCAGCGCCCGGCGGCGAGAUGAUGGACGACUUUGACCUCCCCGACGAGGGCCCGGUGCUCAAGGUCGGCGAGGAGAAGGAGAUCGGAAAGCAGGGCUUGAAGAAGAAGCUCCUCAAGGAAGGUGAAGGCUGGGAAACGCCCAAGAGCGGCGACGAGGUUGAAGUACACUACACUGGGACUUUGCUGGACGGGACUCAGUUCGAUUCGAGCCGCGAUAGGGAGACGCCGUUCAAGUUCACUCUCGGUCAAGGACAAGUGAUUAAAGGAUGGGAUGAAGGUAUUAAAACAAUGAAGAAAGGUGAGGAUGCCCUUUUCACCAUUCCUCCUGAUAUGGCUUAUGGUGCGUCUGGAUCUCCCCCAACCAUCCCUCCAAAUGCCACGUUGCAGUUCAAUGUUGAAUUGCUAUCAUGGACCAGUGUGAACGACAUAACCAAGGAUGGUGGAAUUAUUAAGAAGGUCUUGAAAGAGGGAGAAAAAUGGGAGAACCCAAAAGACCUUGAUGAAGUCAUAGUUAAAUUUGAGGCCCAUCUCGAAGAUAAAACACUCGUAGCAAAAUCUGACACCGUGGAAUUCACUGUCAAAGAGGGUUACUUCUGUCCUGCAUUGGCAAAGGCUGUGAAAACAAUGAAGAAGGGCGAAACAGUAUUGUUAACGGUGAAACCACAAUAUGGAUUUGGGGACAAGGGUAAGCCUGCAUCUGGUGAUGAGGGUGCUGUUCCUCCAAAUGUAACUCUUCAUAUUACUCUAGAGUUGGUAUCGUGGAGAACAGUCUCAGAACUGACAGAUGACAAGAAAGUUAUUAAGAAGAUCCUAAAAGAAGGGGAAGGGUAUGAGCGUCCAAAUGAAGGAGCUGUUGUUACAGUGAAAUUGAUUGGAAAGCUGCAAGAUGGUAAGGAAUUUUUAAAGAAAGGUCAUGGUGAAGGAGAAGAACCAUUUGAGUUCAAGACUGAUGAGGAGCAAGUCAUUGACGGGCUUGAUAGAGCUGUAGUGACAAUGAAGAAGGGUGAGAUAGCUCUUGUGAUUAUAGCCCCUGAGUAUGGAUUUGGCUCGUCAGAGUCCCAGCAGGAGUUGGCAGUGGUGCCUCCUAAUUCAACCCUCUAUUAUGAGGUCGAGCUUGUAUCUUUUGUCAAGGACAAAGAAUCAUGGGACAUGAAUACUCCGGAGAAAAUUGAGGCUGCUGGUAAGAAGAAGGAAGAAGGGAAUGCUUUCUUUAAGGCUGGUAAAUAUGCAAAAGCUUCCAAGAGAUAUGAGAAGGCUGUGAAGUACAUCGAGUAUGAUUCGGCUUUUGCUGACGAGGAGAAAAAACAGGCUAAGGUGUUGAAGGUUGCUUGCAAUCUCAAUGAUGCUGCUUGCAAAUUGAAGCUGAAAGAGUACAAACAGGCUGAAAAGCUGUGUACCAAGGUGUUGGAGCUCGAGGGUAAGAAUGUAAAGGCCCUGUACAGAAGAGCUCAGGCAUAUAUCCAGCUGGCUGAUUUGGAUUUGGCUGAGCUUGACAUCAAGAAAGCUCUUGAAAUAGACCCUAACAACAGGGAUGUGAAGCUGGAGUACAAAACUUUGAAGGAGAAGAUGAAAGAAUUCAAUAAAAAGGAGGCAAAGUUUUAUGGCAACAUGUUUGCUAAACUGACUACAAAUUCCAAUAAGGAUGCUGAACCAAUGAGUGUAGACAGCUAGGCAUAGGCGGAGGGGGAGGAAGUGCAAAAUUGCAUUACCUGCUACUUCCAGUUAGUUGUAGGAAUACAACUUGGUCAGGCACUAGGAAGUUGCUAUGGGUUAUUUUCUUUUUCUUUUUUUCACCUGAAUGACUAUUGGGAUGGAUUUUUAUUAGUAAAAUUAACAAUGGAGUUUUUCCUUUA